CAGCUUUUCCUCUCCAACCCGUGGGCAUUGUUAUAAAACAGAAGGACAAUACAAGAAAAGAGUAACGGAUAAUAGAGCCUCAAAAGGGGCAUCAGGGAAUCUGUCCUCUAUUGGAUCUGAGCGGCUCUGUCCUCGUGCAUGAGGUAAUAUAUGAGAGAACUUCUAGUUUCACAGCAAACUAAAUGAGACAGACAGACAGAGGAGGCAUGAUUCUGAGACGGAGUCCAAGUUUCGCGGUGCUGUCCAUUCAUGUACUUUUGCGGUGCCUGUGGAUGCGGGUAUGUGAGGCAUCGGGGCAUUUUGAGAUGCAGGUUUUGUCCAUGCAGAACUUGAACGGAGAGCUGCAGAGCGGCGCGUGCUGUGACGGUGCUCGCGACGACCCGGAUCGCUCGUGCACGGCUGACGAGUGCGACACGUUUUUCCGCCUGUGUUUGAAGGAGUAUCAGUUGCGGGUGUCAUCGGGAGGCCCGUGCAGCUACGGAAGCGGAUCUACUCCCGUUAUCGGUGGGAAUAGUUUUUCUGUCAAGCCCCUCGACACCCCGAACGACAAAUCCAGGAUCGUGCUGCCCUUCAGCUUCGCGUGGCCGAGGUCAUAUACGUUGAUUGUGGAGGCUUUGGACUUCAAUAAUGACUCGAGCACUGGCAGCGUUAAUGGACAAGUCAUAGAGAAAGCGGUCCAGUCAGGCAUGAUCAACCCAAACCGUCAGUGGCACGUCUUGAAACACAACGGCCUCGUGGCUCACUUCCAGUACCAGAUUCGGGUGACCUGCGACGAGCACUACUUCGGCUUCGGCUGCAAUAAGUUCUGUCGGCCCAGAGAUGACUUCUUCGGCCACUAUAACUGCGAUCACAACGGCAACAAGACCUGCUUGGAGGGAUGGGCUGGCCCAGAAUGCAACACUGCCAUCUGUAAGCAGGGCUGUAGCACUGAGCAUGGCUCCUGUAAAGUGCCUGGAGAUUGCAGGUGUCUGUACGGCUGGCAGGGCGAGUACUGUGACCAGUGUAUCCCUCAUCCCGGCUGUGUGCACGGAUCAUGCAUCGAACCCUGGCAGUGCCUGUGUGACACCAACUGGGGAGGCCAGCUCUGUGACAAAGACUUGAACACCUGUGGCACACGCCAGCCCUGUCUGAAUGGCGGCACCUGUAGCAACACAGGACCAGACAAAUACCACUGCGCCUGUCCUGAUGGCUACUCGGGACAGAACUGUGAGAGAGCAGAUAACGCCUGUCUGUCUGAGCCGUGUCUGAACGGAGGCAGUUGUGUGGAGUCCAGUCAGGGCUUCGAGUGUCAGUGUGCACCGGGAUGGACCGGACCGUCCUGCAACAUCAAUGAAGACGACUGCAGUCCGAACCCGUGCAAUCACAGCGGUGUGUGUUUGGAUCUGGUGGACGGUUUUAAAUGCAUCUGUCCUGCGCAGUGGACCGGCAAGACCUGUCUCAUUGAUGCUAAUGAGUGCGAGGAGAGCCCGUGCGUCAAUGCCCACUCCUGCCGGAAUCUGAUUGGCGGAUACUUUUGCGAGUGCCUCUCUGGUUGGACGGGCCAGAAUUGCGACAUCAAUGUCAAUGAUUGCCAUGGACAGUGUCUUAACGGAGGACUGUGUAAGGAUCUGGUCAAUGGAUAUCGAUGUGUGUGCGCAGCAGGCUUUGCAGGUGAACACUGUGAGCGGGACGUGGACGAGUGCGCUAGUCGCCCCUGUCUCAACGGAGGACGCUGUCAGGACGCGCUCAACCGAUUCCAGUGUCUGUGUCCACCUGGUUUCUCAGGGGACACGUGUCAGCUGGACAUAGACUACUGUGAGAGCGGCCCGUGUCAGAACGGGGCACAGUGCUUUAGCCUGGCCUCAGAUUACUACUGCAAGUGUCCCGAAGACUACGAAGGCAAAAACUGCUCCCAGCUUAAAGACCACUGCCUCAUCACACCAUGUCAAGUGAUUGACAGCUGCACGGUUGCGGUGGCGUCUAACAGCACUCCGGGCGGCAUGCGGCUCAUCUCCUCUAACGUCUGUGGUCCUCACGGCCGCUGUCGAAGUCACGCCGGAGGACACUUCAGCUGCGAGUGUCAGGAGGGAUUCACCGGCACCUACUGCCACGAGAACAUCAACGACUGUGAAAGUAGUCCCUGUCGUAACGGCGGUACUUGCAUUGAUAAAAUCAACGCGUACCAGUGUAUCUGUGCUGAUGGGUGGGAGGGACACAACUGUGAGAGCAACAUUGACGACUGCAGCUUGAACCCCUGUCGGGAUCGAGGAGUGUGUCGGGAUCUGGUCAGUGACUUUUACUGCGAGUGUGAAAACGGCUGGAAGGGAAAGACCUGUCACUCACGCGAGAGCCAAUGCGACGAGGCUACUUGUAACAACGGGGGCACGUGUUCUGACGAAGGCGACUCAUUUAAGUGCACGUGUGCUCCUGGAUGGGGAGGAGCGACCUGUAACAUAGCAAAGAACAGCAGCUGCCUGCCGAACCCCUGCCAGAACGGAGCCACGUGUGUGGUGACCGGUGACGGCUUCACCUGCGUCUGCAAAGAAGGCUGGGAGGGGCUCACCUGCAGCCAGAAUUCCAAUGAUUGCAACCCACAACCAUGCUAUAACAGCGGGACGUGUGUGGACGGUGAUAACUGGUACCGCUGUGAGUGUGCCAGUGGAUUCGCAGGGCCGGACUGUCGCAUCAACGUCAAUGAGUGCCAGUCGUCUCCCUGUGCGUUCGGUUCCACGUGUGUCGAUGAAAUUAACGGCUACCGCUGCCUGUGUCCCCCCGGAAGAACCGGACCCAGAUGUCAGGAAGUCUCUGGACGUCCGUGUUUGGCCGGAGGUCGGAUUGCUGUAGAUGGAUCGAAGUGGGCUGAAGACUGUAACACCUGUUACUGUCACCGAGGGAUUGUCAGCUGUACCAAGCUGUGGUGUGGCCCUAAGCCUUGUCAUAUGCUUGGCUCGGGACGAGGCGACUGUCCUCUGGGUCAGCUGUGUGUGCCGGUGCGAGACGAGCAGUGUUUCGUGAAGCCCUGCUCCUCACAGGGUGAGUGCUGGUCUGCUCACCGGCCGGCCGUGAGGGCCCACUGUCACCCCGAGAGCGACUGCGCCAACAUCACCUUCACCUUCAACAAGGACACCAUGCCACAGGGAGUGACGGUGGAGCAGGUGUGUCGUGAGCUGAGGCUGUAUCUGUAUGUGGCUAAGAAUGUCUCCAUCUCUAUGAGCUGUGAAAUCUCUUCUGUCACCAAUAAUGAGAUCCAUGUGGCCAUCCAUGCGACUGAGGAUGGCAUUCACGGCCGGGCUCCUGUUAAAGAGAUCACAGACAGCCUCAUUGAUCUGGUGAGCAAGCACAGCGUGAACAGCUCCAUCAUCGGCUCCAUCGCUGAGGUCCGUGUGCAGCGCAGACCAGCACUGAACUCCAACGUAGACUACUUGGUGCCACUGCUGGUGUCUAUAGUGACUGCGAUCUGGCUUUUGGCCCUGGCGUCUGUGUUCCUGUGGUGCGUGCGCCAUCGACGCAAACACAGCUCCAGCCCCAGCGCCAUCAACCCCACCACCCCCUACUCCACGGGGAACACAGACGACAACACAGUGAACAACGCCCGCGAGCAGCUCAACCACAUCAAGAACCACAUCGAGAAGAACGCGUCCAACGCCAGCCUGCCAGGAAAAGAGCUCCACUGCGACGACAAGAACAGCGUCAACGCCAAAAUCAGGACGCAUUUGUCCGAAUCAGCCAGACUAGCGCAGGAGGACUCCAACAAGAGUCUGCAGAAGACAUGCUUUCCACGCCAGUCGACUUACAUGCUGGUGGACAGAGACGACAGGCUGAGCGCCAACGCCACGGACCUAAGAGAUCCACGCUGGACUAAUAAACGAGACAACAGGGUCCUGGAGUCACAGCACAGAGAUCUGGACGCACAACACCGCUUGCACAAACUGGAGUAUAUCGUAUAGCAGCCGAUGAUCGACAUGUUAGCAAUCAUUGCACAUGAUGUCACAAGAGGUCAAACGAAAGAAGACAUCUUUUGGACUUAGAACGCCUAUUGUUGGCUGUCACGACAAGGCCGGACAGUUUUUGUUCAGACCUUGCCGUCGGACCACGGGCUGGUCCGGUUUUUUUAAGGCGUUAGUAGGGCCUGAAGAUGUUAACCUGUGCUGAAGUUUUAGCCUAAAACACAGAACCAGAUUUAGAAUGGACUGUAAUUGGCCAAAAUCUGCUUAUUGUGGGAAUAUCACGAAAACAUGUCCAGGUCACAUUUCAUCCCAGAAUUCAUAGGCAUUGUUCACAUUGUGAUGUCUUUUUGAAUGACAAUUAAAGGGGUAUUCCACCCCGAAAAAUGUCAUUUAUUCACCAUCAAACUUGUAUGAGUUUAUCCUGACAAAAGAAGAUAUUCUGAAGUAACCAAACAUUUGACUAUAGCCAUUGACUUCCAUAGUAUAAAAAAUAUAUAUAUAUAUAUAUAUAUAUAUAUAUUAUAUAGAAGUCAACGGCUACCGUCAAUUUUUUUGAUUACUUCAGAAUAUAUUCUUUUGUGUUCAACAGAAGAAAGUAAGUUGAACAACUUGAGGGUGAGUAAAUUAUGACAAUUUCAAUUUUGGGGUGAACUGUCCCUUUAAGCACUAUACACACAAAUUCUCAUUACUUUACAUGUUUUUUUUUUUUUUGUUUUUUCAAGAUUGAAAUACUGCAUUUUUAUACAGUACAAAAAAAUGUAUACUAGGAUUUUUAUGCAAAUCAGCAUAAAUUACAAAAAGUACUUUACCACAUAAAUAAAAUAGCUUGAAUUACACAUUUAUUUGUAUUGCAUAAAACAUUAUGCAAUUACAGUGGGGUGUGCUUAACCUUUAUAGUGCUAAACAGUAUAGUCCUAGAAAUUUUUAUUCGUUUCUUGUGACUUUAGGAUGAAAUUAUAUGUGGAGAUAUUUCGUGAGUUUCAUCCAAUUGCUGAACUGAAUUGCAUAUUAUGCAGAUUGUGUUACAUUUUUAUAAUGUAGAACUUAAUGCACCAGAAAUAGCUUGUGAAUCAACACUGCUGUGUCAUGUGUUCGAAGAUUGUAUUUAACUCCCAUUUAUUGGGUUUUUGACUGGAUUUUAUUUUCACACUCUCUUUUUUUUUUUUUUCGUCUACAGGCAGACAGGUCAUGCUUAGAAUUUACUGUCUGUAUGAAGAAAUUCACUGUCAGUUUGAUGUUGUAUAGAUGACUUUGUACAUAUUUUCUAAUGAAUCAUUUGUGUAUAUUUGAUUUAUUAACUUAAUCGAGAGCCUAUUGUUUGUUUUUAUUUAUAUACAUAGUUUAGGUUUGAGAACGUGACCGCUCGUGUCCAACCUUUGUAUUUUUGGAUGGAAAAUAUUGUCUUAUUUCUGAGAUGCCAAAAUAAUAGUUUAUUUUUUGAAUAAUAGGGUGUUUGUUUAAAUCCAGAAUACAGUGUGCAAUGUCUGUUUCAGAAAACCUGAGACGUAGGCUAGAUGGUUUUCCAUCUAGUUUUGAUAUAUACAUACUUUCUUUGUUCAUAUGUUAAAAUCAUUCCUAAAGAUGUUUAGCAAAUAUUCUGCCAUAGCGGUGUUAAAUGGAUUUGGCAGCCCAGGAUAUCAAACAACGCUUGUCUAGAGUUUUCUGGUAAACCACAGUAUUCAGACGAACUUUAACCAAAACGUCUAAAGGGAAUAAACAGUAUUAGAAGUGCAAUGCUUGUACAGUAAUAUGAAAUAUGAAGAACACAGAACCGAAUGUGAUGUGCAAGACAAAUAUUCAAUCAAAAUCAUUUACAAUACACUUGGACUGUUGGGCUUUUUUAGGUCCAGUCUUACGUUUUUCAAUUCAUUAGUUAUUUUUUUCCUUGUGUCUGCCUAUGAAAUGUUCUAUGGAAAAAAGAAACAAGACCAUGAAAACACAUCCUGGGGUUUGUCAAAACAUUUAUUUAGGUUUUAGUUAAAUUUCAUUCAACUGUUUACAUUUGGAGUUCUGAAAUCAAAUAAAAUUUCACUUGAAUGUUU